CUUGUUGUAUAGGUAGGAUCUUUGAUCCAUGAAAUAGGACUCUGUUGAUUAUUAUUCUCCAUAUUCCACAAAAGAAAUUUUUUAAAUGCAUAUUUUGAUGACUAUACGACAUAAGAGCGGUGAGCAGUGUAUCGUCCAAAACGCAAUGUUACUUUCUCAGAAAGAAUUCCGUAACUCUCGGCAGUUGUGUCACCAUAAAAUAUUGGUUUUCGUCGGAAGAUUAAUCGGCAACAUGUAACUUGGCAGAUUCAAAUCACAACAUCAGGUUGAAUACAUUAAGCGGAAAUCUGAUCAUUAAAGGAUUAAGUGAGAUCUGACUUUGACAACGCUUUCAUAUUUAAAUACUCGUUUGUAAUUAAUUGCAAUCAAUUAUUUAGAAAUUGAUUGAAGUUAGAAAUUGAAAUUGCAGAUGACUUUUAAUAAGCAUGUAUGAAUAUCUUUUGAUCACUUCUGACUCGUCUUUCAUCAACUACACUAUUACUGUAACUAAAUGCUUUUUCCUUGGACUUUGUCUAGGUCAAAACUCGUCAAAAUUUCGAACAGUCCGGCAAUGACAUUUAUGACGAACAGCACCUAUCAUCUUCGAAUUAAUUAUACUAAUUAUUGCGAGAGGAUUCGUACGAUGUGGUACAAUUGCCUGCAAUGAAAAUUAAUAUAUACAGAGAAAGUUAAAGCUUUAAUAUAUAGUCUUCAUAAAUUGCAAGGUCAAAUUCACUCCGGUCUCUCAAUUUCCAUUUCAUCCGAUGACGCGUUACGAAAUAUUUUCAUGGAUACGAGAUGGGUACACUGUUGUUCAAAAGUAUCGAAUUUGCUCAAUCAUUGAUAGACGCGUGAAGUGGAUAUAUUCCGUUUGACAUUUUACACGAUAGCGGAAACAGUAAAUUCGUGUGAAAAAAAUACAAUUUCUUUUUCGGCGAAAUUCAAAAUAUAAAAAAUCGUUCGUGCAUUGUAUGCAAAAAUAAACGAGCACGUCGAACGCGUAUAAAAGUGUAAUUAAUAUUUAUUGGUUAUAAAAAACGCACGAAGGGAUUCAUAAAAAACGCGUUAUUUAUUAACACGACGGUUGGUUUUGGCCGAUUCAAAGGAAUCAAAGCAAAGUAGAUUAUGUAUCGUGUAGAGUUUUAUCCGUGUGUGUUCUCCCGGAUCGCACCCGUUCAGCCUUUCACCGAUUUUCUCUUUUAUAGCGAAAUUCGAUCGUAUAUCCAUGAUCCAGUCGUAAUAUACAUAUACAAAAAUUGACAAUAUCGGGAACUGGGCCUCGUGGAAUGUUCCUUAACAAGCUAGUGAAAGGAGAGAAAAAACGAACGAAAUGCCAAACGAUAAUAAGAUGACGGGUAUACGACGAGGUUCAGUUUUUGCAGCUGGAUCUCAAUAAGGAUGACCCAGUAAACUUGACUCUUACAGUUCGAGUAAACCGAUAUUUAAUGGAAUUCGAUGCGGUAUUAUCAAAAGAGGCUUUGUUUACUUCGAUGACUCGGGGUGGAUGAACUUGAUCAAAAGUGCAUCUUAUGAUAUAAUCUGCAUUCCGAAACAUGCGUUGCGAAUUACACCAUUUGCAAAAAACAUGAAUGAACUAAGCGAAAUACAGUCUUUUUAUGUAGGGAAAACUAUUUUUAUAACCGGAGGUACUGGCUUGAUGGGAAAAGUUCUUAUUGAGAAGCUACUUUACAGUUGCAGCAAUUUAAAGAAGAUUUACAUCUUGGCACGAGCGAAAAGAGGUCGUAGUCCCGAAGCUCGUGUCAACGAGAUGUUUAAGUUGCCUUUGUUUCAACGAAUUCAGAAGCAAAAGCCGGAAAUGCUGAAGAAAGUGAUAGCGUUGAACGGAGACGUUACCUCGGAUAAUUUAGGACUGAACGAUGAACAAUUGGAAAUGUUGAUUAACGAAACUGACAUAGUUUUUCAUUGCGCGGCAACGCUCAGACUAGAGUCCAACUUGAAGGACGCUAUUGAAAUGAACACGGUCGGAACGAAAAGGAUGUUAGAGCUUGGCAAAAAAAUGAAGAAUCUGACGGCGUUCGUACAUUUGAGCACUGCUUUUUGUUACCCUGACAAAGAGGAACUAGACGAACAAAUUUACGAUCCGUCCGACGAUCCGCACGACGUUAUGAAAAUGGUUCAAUGGCUAGACGAAAGUGCCAUCGAUCAAAUCACGCCCAAGGUACUGAAUCUUCAUCCGAACACCUAUACGUAUUCGAAAAGAUUGGCAGAAAAGCUGGUAGCCAACGAGUUCCCUAAUUUACCGUGUUGCAUCGCCAGGCCGUCGAUCGUAACUCCAGCUUGGGCAGAACCGCUACCAGGAUGGGUGGAUAACCUGAACGGACCCGUGGGACUGUUAGUAGGCGCAGGGAAAGGUGUCAUAAGGUCGAUGCACUGCAUCGGCAGCUAUCACGCGGAAGUGAUACCGGUCGAUGUAGCUAUUAAUUCUUUAAUUACGAUUGCGCAAAAAGUAGCUAAUACCGAAAAAUCGCGAGGUAUACAGAUAUAUAACAUUACUCAAAAUCGCAUCAUGCCUAUCACUUGGGGCGAAAUAUUGGAGAAAGGUAAAAAGAUCGCUUAUCAGUAUCCGUUUGAGGGGCAAGUGUGGUAUCCAGCCGGUGAUAUACAUAGCAACAAAUUCGUACACGAUCUGAUUGUCUUUUUCUUUCACAUUAUACCAGCGUAUUUGAUCGAUUUUCUUAUGCUGAUAUUUCGACAAAGAAGAUUCAUGGUUCGCCUACAGAAUCGUAUAUCGACGGGGCUGGAGGUUUUGCAAUACUUCACCACCAGAGAGUGGAUCUUUCAUAACACGAAUUUUUUAAUGAUGAAGGAAGAAAUGAGUUCGAAAGACCAACAAAUUUUUCCGCUUAACCUUCUGUCUAUCGACCAGACGGAAUACAUAAAGCAUUGUAUCUUAGGCGCGAGGCAAUAUUGCAUGAAAGAAGAUUUGUCCAGUUUACCGAGAGCUCGGAGAUACCAAGCAGUGAUGUACGUUAUUCACCUACUCGCCGUCUAUCUAUUCUACUUCGGUUUUUUGUAUUUAAUCUAUAACAACGUCGAGGUUGCAAGGGUACUCGUCGAUUCUACCGUAGAACAGAUAAAGUCUCUAUCAAUUUUGGCCGGAAUUGCUCAGGAGAUUCGUCAUUAAUGAUACCAGACUCAUGAAGAUUUUUAACGAGGAUCCAUUACUUCUUGCAUAUCGUAUCGUAAAAUGUAAUGUAAAUAAGAUACCAAUUACUCAUGCGAAUAUGUUUUUGAUACUGUUAAUGGUGUAUCUAAGAAGCUCAUAUUUUGUACAUUUUCAGCUUUAUAACG